AUGAAAGGGCGCAAAAUUGUAAAGUCACACAAGAAGAUGGAAGCUGUAGCCAAAAGGAAGGUGGAGCCAACUAUGGAUGUAGAAGCACGGACAAUCAAGUUGUAUCGUACACCUGUGGUUGAUCCAUUGGGUUAUGGAAGCUCAAACUCGCUCGAAGGAGAAAUUAGUAAGAAUGUUGACCGUUCUAAACGCUUGAAGCUUAAAAAAGGAGAUUCCCAAAUUAUUUACAAUUAUUUUAGCCGCAUUCAGCUUACUAAUCCAAAUUUUGUUUACUUGAUGGAUCUCGAUGACGAAGGGUAUCUGAGGAAUGAGUUUUGGAUAGAUUCUAGGUCUAGGGCUGCAUAUGUUUACUUUGGUAAUGUGGUCGCAGUUGAUACAACCUGCUUGUCAAAAAAAUAUGAGAUUCCUCUCGCUGUAUUUGUUGGAGUAAAUCAUCAUGAACAUUGUCGCCCUCUGCAAACCAUAAUCACAGACCAGUGCAGGGCAAUGCAAGUUGCAAUUUCUGUGGUGUUUUCCAGGGCGCACCAUCGACUGCAUUUGUCACAUUUCAUGCAAAGCAUUCUUGAGAAUUUGGGAGAGUUGCAGGAAUCUGGUACAAUGCAUGGCUUCGUACUCUGUAUGAGGAAAGAAAGCGAUAGGUUCCGGUUUACCUUAAAAGAUACACUUUUUGCUGGAAUGAGGCUCCGAGAUGAGGUUGUGAUGAUGCCUUCUUGUUUCAGCAUAAAACAAGUUCAUGCUAACGGACCUGUUAUAACAUACCUGAUUGCAGAACGUGAGGGUGGAGAUCAGAGGGAUAUCAGGAACUUUGAAGUUAUGUACGAUAAAGCUGGAUCGGAAAUUCAUUGCAUAUGCAGUUGCUUGAACUUCAACGGGUACCCUUGCAGAUAUCCCAAGACCAUUACAUGGUUGCACGGGAAGCGUUUAAAGUAUCUCGUGGCAGACAAGCAUGUAUAG